AGUCACCGUUUUGAUUUUGAGCGCGUUCACGGCGACACCGAGCAGGAAAGUUUAGCCCUAUUUCACGGUUGCACGAUGGAAACCGACGCCGGUGUCACUUUGUUGAUAAUGUAUGAGGACGAGUCGGUGGAUGUUCGUUACGGUAACGGAGCGCAGUUACAGCUGUCGCCGUGUGGCUGUGAAUUCACGCUGGUGAAACCCGCAGACCCCCGAGAACAUCCGCUGCUGCCCCCCGAGAGAGUCCGACAGAGGAGCAGGUUCACCAUCAGCACCUACAAGGAGCUGAUGGUAGCUGCCUUGGAUUUCAGGAAUAAGUAUGCUAGUCAGCCAUAUCUGCCAGAGGAACUCAUCCCUGCUGACCACAAGAAGCCUUUUUUCAGUAUUGACUCAGCUGUGCAGUGGCCUGAGACGUCGUCCUAUGAGCCUGAACUCGGACCCCGAGGCGACACGAUCGUCAGGUCAGAGGACGGACAAGCAGCGUUGGUGCUCUCACCCUCAGGUGAAGAGUUCACCGUCGAGUUCACAUGCAGCCUCAGUCAAAACCAGCCCCACAACAUGCAGUGUUUAGGCAGAGAUACCGAUAGCAGUCAGCAGCAAGGGAGCAGUCUGAUCUGCGACAGCGCCAGUGAUCACGCCGAGGAGGUUAAUCAGGGAAGGAGAAGUAGAAGGAAAGAGCUGUCUCAGUCAAGGUCUCCUCAGAUGGUCAGCAUUCCUCAGUCAAAGCCUGAACAGAUAUAUCAGUCCACCACAGUGGUGCAGCAUCACUCUUGCUGUGCUGUUGCUCCCAUGUGGGCCUACCCUCUCUCCUUGGUUCGCCUUCACUGGACAGCUCGUCGCUCUAAAGAUGUUGGAGCAGAGGGAAGGGGCGGAUCUAGUCCGGCAGAUGUGGAAAUAAACAUGCCUGACAAAUCCGGUGAUGAGAGAAAGUCUUACCUUCCUCAGGCACUGCCUCUCACAUGUCCAUCACCUCACUGGCACAGGUGGAAGGUUAAAGAUCCCCUGGCCAAGGAAGAACAUUUAGACCUUCCGACAGAGCCGGUUAAAAUCGUGUGGUGUCAAGGAGUUACUUAUAGGAUCUUAAGCGGAGCUGUCCCAGUCAUAGAGGUUUCCCCAGGAGAUGGAUCUGUCAUCAGGUCUAACGGUGUCCUUAACUCUUAUUUCACCCACCUCAGACCUGAGCUCCAGUCAGAACAGUUAAAACGGGUAACUUACCAUUUAAACAGUCUUCCACCUGAUGUGCUUGGACAGGCCUACUCUGUGUGCUCUAUAGUGAGUCGUGCAAGUAGGAUCCUUACUUGCUACAACCAGGCCAAGCAAUCGCUGAAGCUCCCUGCCACACCCAGCUGCUUGCAAGCGGAUAGACAUUUCUCUAAACCAGCAUUUGAAGAAAAUCUGUCCAGUGCUGUGCAACACAUGGAUUUAACACAGACAGCAGACACUCUGUCAGAUCUUGUUGCUGCAGAGCUGGAGAAGAUAAAGCGAUUCAACUUUUUGCUGGAGAACUGCCACCUGCUGAGGAGUGAGAAAGGACAUGCGGACCUGGAAGGCAGCUCUGCAGAGGUCACUCAUGAACCAGUAAAUGAGAACUGCAUCGCUGAAGCUCUUCAAAGGACGUCCAAAGCCAUUCAGGAUAUUGACACUCUCAUAUCUGCAGCCACACAGACUUAAAAGAGUCCUUUGAGUUAAAGAAGAAAAGCAUAAAUGAGUCGGUCUGCAAAACCAUAAAGCUGUACAGACUCUCAAAGGCUUCUUUUGAUUUGCUGGCAGCAAAUAGUGUUUUCACAGAUUGCUUUUAAAUAAAUAAUGUGCAAACAUAAACAGCAUACAUUCAGUGGUCCAUGAAACAUGAGAUUUUCACAAAAGAUAAAGAAAACCCAAUGAAAUCAAUAUGACAAAAAUAUGCCACAGCUUUUAUUUGUAGAAAAAAGUGAUAUAAUGCGUAUCUGUGACAGACAAAAGUAUUUGAAUUUCUUGAUUAGCCGUAAGUUUGUAGGUGAAAUUAAAGUCAAGAGUUUUGAGUCAAUGGUAGGACAAUCAGGUAUGAGUCGGUGCCCUGUUUUAUUUAACUGUUACACAGUUUUUAUUAUUACUAAACUGGGUUUUAAAGGUUAGUGAUUGAAUGGUAAAAUAGGUCAAGCAGUCUUUGUGUUUUAUGCAUCUAAUAUUUGUUUUUUAUUAUUCAAUAACCCUUCAUUGAGGGGAAAAAAUCUAAAGGGAUUUGUUGUAUUAACCAAAAUUAGUUUUCAAACAAAUAUAUAACAGUAGGGAAAAAUAGUGCAGAUAAUUUCUCAACUAAUUAGAGGUAAAAAGGUUGACCUUCAGUACAUAUUUUCAAAGUGCUUAUGUCUGCCUCUUAGAAAAAGAAUCGAUGCCAAACUCAAUCACAUGUUGUACUGUAAUCAAGACUUGCGCUACCAGUCAAAAGUUUGGACACACCUACUCAUUCAGUGGGUUUUAUUUAAUUAUUUUAUACUUUGUAGAUUAGUUUUUUUUAGAUUGAAAUGGAGUUUGCUGGUGUGCUCAGUAAGGUGGCUGGUGACGGUAUGCACACUAAGUACAGUGGUAAAGGAUGUUUGGGGAAAAAAUCCUUUUCUUAAAGUAACCCAGUGAAAAUGAGUCCUGCAUUUAAAACCUUUUUUAAGUAGAGGUAUGUAGUACUUUCAACAAAAUUUACUUUUAAGUAACAGAAGUAAAAGUAUUCACUGUUCAGAAAAAUGUUCUCUGUCAGUGUUUUACUACUAUUUAUGAUGUUUUUAGGUUAGUAUUACUGCUGCAUUAAUGUUUGUUUUGCAACUUACUACUAUAAUUGUGAAAGAGAAAUAUCAAAUUUUAAUGUCACGUUAUAUCUUUUUCUGAUUUCAGCUUUCGCUCAUUUUUAGAGACUUAAAUGUGUAAAAUGGUCACCUGUAUGAUUUGCACUUAGGUCAUUUAAAAUAUUAAAAGCUACAUUAACGUUUCUGUUUUUGCACUGCUGGUGAGUCUGACAUUAAGAGCAACGUGGAUCAUCUAGAGAUGACAUCAUGUUUUUUUGUGAUUUGAAUGCUUCACAUUUGGUUACUCAUUACAACAGAGAUCCCAGUGACUGUAUCACAAUUCAGUGCUGAUAGACAGCAGAGGGCAGUGUUUAACCAAAAAAAAAUUAAAAAUCAAAGCCAUUGUCUUAUAUGGAAUCAAG